AUGUCAUUACUUGAUUCUGAAGCGGCCUUCAAAAAGAGGGUCAUAGAGAUCGGUGACGAAGUGCUUUUCCAGACACUAGACAAUUCAGGUUUGAAGACGUUCAGCGGUUUGGCCUUUGCUUGUGGGACGCCGCAGUCCCAACCAGAUGAUGCAGCCUUCGGAGCUUUUGCUGCAGGAGUUUUUGGGGUUCCACCUACACUGGGCCAAUUGUCCCAGUUGAGGAGGUUGCACUUCGAAGCUUGCACAAUAGUGUUCGCGACCUUGAAGAGCAAUGUGGCUGGCGAUUUGACCGAUGGGAUUCGAAAGUUGCCUCCCGCCGAAAAGCAGGCAAGGGCAAAGGAUCAGCAGACCAGACUGACUGGCAUUGCUCUGUCAGGUGAAAUGGAACCCAGUUAUGCUUUGGUGGACAAGUGCGCCAGCAUGAGGGAAACAGGGUCGCUUCUCUGGAUCCACCCUUCACAAUGCACAAAACGUGAACAAGAGGUACAGCAAACCUUGAAGGAAAAAUCUCAAGUGCUGAAGAUUGAGAACAUGACACUAAAAAUGGCCGCAGACACUGAGACCUUUGAAGCUGACCAUGGAACGGAAUUGAAACUUAUGUGGUGUUUUCAGCAACGUGGAUUGGCAUUCGACCAAGCAGCUCUGAUUUCUUGGGACAAGCAUGAGAGUUGGGUAUCAGCCAUGUUCCAGGCUUACUCAGCAGAGCCACCGCCUUCAUUUGCGAAGGUGACCAUGCCUCAAUUGUUGCGAGCCGACAAGGAGUUGUUUACGAUUUUAGCAAGGGAAGUGGAAUCCAUCCAGCCCGAUAGUGUGGGAAACCGACCGCUGGAUGACCAAAUUACAAGGUUGAAAACAGACCCAAGGGUGACCAUGCACUUACUGCCAUUGCCUACAAAGGCGCAUUCGGUGGAGGCAUCCAACGCUAGCAAACCAGACGCUGGCAAACCAAAGGCAAAAAUUAGACCGGGCAAAAGGGCCCGAGCAACAACGGAGGUAAAGAUGCCGGAUGAGUUGAAGGGUGGUCAUUCAAAGACGAGUGACAACAAACCAAUUUGCUGGGCCUUCAACAUGAAAGAUGGAUGUUCAGCAAAGACCUAUGGAAACCCUGAUGAGGGCUUGUGCGAAACUGCAGAGCAAAGUGCGGAGCCUUUUCCAAGCCUCGAAAGAGGCACAGAGUGGAAUGACUUGCUUUUUGGAGAGAUUUUUGCAGGGGCAGCACAGUUAAGCCGAGCUCAUGCCAAACGGAAUUUUCGAGUUUCAUCUGUGGACCACGCCAUCAAAAGGGAACCGGAAGAUUUCGUAGCUCGUGCAGCAGCUACAGGCCACCAAAGGAACUUGUUUGCAGAAGAUUGGUCAGCACGCGAUUCUUUCGUGCUGGAGUACGCCUCUAUCCGGAAAUGGCUCAAAAGAGCAAGUGAGUUGGCCAGCAAGGAGAAAGACUUGCACGACUCUUUGGACCCUUUGGACCCAGAAGUAGCAAGGGUCCUCAAGGGCAAGAAGCUUCUGGCGCUUGAGGAGAUCUUGAAUGACAUUGGUUUUCCUGAUCGACACCUGGUAGAGAAAGGGUGGUUGGUCGAGGACGAAAAUCCAGACCUGGACAUGCCUGUGGUUGUCAGGCGUUUUUGCCUGAUGCAGAAAUCUAAGGUACGAGUCAUCGAUGAUUUCAAGCAAUGUGGAGUCAAUGGUUCAACGGGUCUCCAUGAAAAGUACGUGCUGUACUCCAUGGACGCCAUUGCGGAACGUGAAAGAGUCCGCAUUUGUGUGAAGGAUGUAGAACAAGGCGUGGCCAAAGUGUACAAGAUCAGUGCGCUCCCCUUCGGAGCUUCGAGAUGCGCAGCUGGCUUCCUUCUCAUAUCGACAGCCUUUGCCUGCAUUGGACAGGCAUUGAUUUCGCCCGAUGAUGGAGACAAAGCAGGUGCCUUCGAGGAAACCUUCAAGGCAUUGGGUUUACUCAUUGACUUGACUAAUUUCUCAGCGGGAAAAGUUCGAAUCGGACAUACCGACAGCCGUAAACAGGAGCUGCUGGACCUGAUAGCAUCACCCCUUGGCCAAAAUUUUUUGAAACCAAAGGAUGCGGAAAAGCUCGGAGGUCGUCUGCGGUGGUAUGACACCUUUCAGUUUGGGAGGUUUGCAAACUAUUCCAUGAGGGUGAUCAGCAGGGGAGCCACCUCUUGCUCUUUGGAUGGUAGCUUAGACCUGCAACUCCGUCUAGCCUUGCAGUUUCUCAAAGAGCAUGUGUCCGUUACAAAACCAGAGGAGCUGACCAAGUCAGCCGGAAAAACCUACUACAUUUUCACCGAUGGUGCGAUUGAAUCCACGGCAGAUGGGUCGCAAAUCGUGGCCUCUGUUGGGGGCAUCUUAUACAACAUCAAUGGCGAAGCCGAAGCCUUCUUCAGCGAGCGGGUCCAACAGCUGAUUUUGGACCUGUUCCUCCAGCGUUCCAGCCACCCUAUUUUCGAGGUUGAACUUCUGGCAGCGCGGGUUGCUGCACAUGUAUGGGCCCCGGCCAUCGCUAAGUCCUACGUGGUGUUUUACGUAGACAACGAAGCCGCAAGGUUUGGUUUGGAAGAGUGCCUUCGUAUUCAAUCCCUGCUGUCAAACCCAGUUGUUCGAAAUCCAGCAACUGUUGGACGUUGGUUCCGCUUUGGUUAA